AAAAAAAAAGAAAAUUUCUUGUUCUUCACUGAUCUCUCUAUAUAUACAGAAGCCAGAAGCAGCCUAAAGUUCUAUGUCUAUCUGGUUCAUCUUGGCCUAUGCGUCUCCAUUCGUUAUUACUGUCGAAAGAGCUGUAGCUGGGUUCCUUUCUUCGUUUUCAUCCUCUUCCUCGCUGCCUUUGAGCCUUUCUUCUUUCAGUUUUGACGUGAAAAUACAGUGAAAAUGCCUGCCGUCGGAGGAAUUCCAGCGGGUGGUGUACCCGGUAGGGAGUACCCUGGCAAACUCACUCCCUUUGUGACUGUAACGUGUAUUAUCGCAGCCAUGGGGGGCUUGAUCUUCGGUUAUGAUAUUGGAAUUUCAGGUGGAGUCACGUCAAUGGACCCUUUCUUGAAGAAGUUCUUCCCGUCGGUGUACCGGAAGAAGCAUGAAAACUCGUCCACCAACCAGUACUGCCAGUAUGACAGUGAGACGUUGACAAUGUUCACGUCGUCUCUGUAUUUAGCUGCCCUGCUUUCAUCGAUCGUGGCGUCCACUGUGACGCGUAAAUUCGGUCGCAAGCUGUCCAUGCUAUUCGGAGGCGUGCUCUUCUGCGCUGGUGCCAUCCUCAAUGGCUUUGCACAAGCCGUCUGGAUGCUUAUCGUUGGCCGAAUGUUACUCGGUUUCGGUAUUGGGUUUGCCAAUCAGUCGGUACCUCUCUACCUCUCUGAGAUGGCACCCUACAAGUUCAGAGGAGCUCUAAACAUCGGCUUCCAGUUAUCAAUCACGGUUGGUAUCCUUAUUGCCAAUGUGUUGAAUUACUUCUUUGCUAAGAUCAAGGGUGGGUGGGGGUGGCGCUUGAGCUUGGGUGGGGCCAUGGUCCCUGCCCUCAUAAUCACCGUUGGAUCACUAGUCCUUCCUGAUACCCCCAACUCUAUGAUUGAGCGUGGCAAACAUGACGAGGCCAAAGAGAAACUCAUAAGGAUUAGGGGUGUUGAGGAUGUUGACGAAGAGUUCAGUGACCUUGUUGCGGCUAGUGAAGCAUCACAGCUAGUGGAGCACCCUUGGAGAAACUUGUUGCAAAGAAAAUAUAGACCCCACCUCUCUAUGGCUAUCCUAAUUCCCUUCUUUCAGCAACUCACUGGAAUCAAUGUGAUCAUGUUCUAUGCACCUGUUUUGUUUGACACCAUUGGGUUCGGAAGCGACGCUGCCCUAAUGUCGGCUGUGAUUACCGGAAUUGUUAACGUCGGUGCAACUAUGGUAUCCAUUUAUGGUGUUGAUAAAUGGGGAAGGAGAUUUCUUUUCCUAGUGGGUGGAAUUCAAAUGCUCAUUUGCCAGGGUGUUGUUACAGCUGCAAUUGCUGCUAAAUUUGGAGUGGAUGGAAAUCCUGGUGAGCUGCCCAAGUGGUAUGCCAUUGUGGUGGUGCUUUUCAUUUGCAUCUAUGUUGCGGGAUUUGCAUGGUCUUGGGGUCCCCUAGGCUGGUUGGUGCCUAGUGAAAUUUUCCCUCUUGAAAUCCGAUCUGCUGCUCAGAGUGUCAACGUGUCUGUGAACAUGAUUUUCACAUUUAUCAUUGCUCAAGCCUUCUUAGCAAUGCUUUGCCACAUGAAGUUCGGGUUGUUUCUCUUCUUUGCCUUCUUCGUGUUGGUGAUGACCAUCUUUGUGUACUUCUUCUUGCCUGAAACAAAGGGUAUCCCAAUUGAAGAGAUGGGCAGGGUUUGGAAGACCCACUGGUACUGGUCCAGAUUCGUGAGUACCGAGGAUGAGCACCCUAACGUCCAGAUGGGUAUGGCGGCAACCGAGGGCAUAAAAAACGUGUGAUAGGAGGCUUUUUUAGUUCAAUCUUUGGGUAGCAGUACAUACCAUUUGGUUGUCAAGUCUAUAUUAUAUGGGUUCUAAUAUAGUGUCACAAUUUACAAGUGCUCUUCAGUUGCUCAAAAAGAAAAUUGAAAUUCAAGUCAAUAUUAACUCAAUUCUGUUUGGUGGA